ACUGAAUGAAGCCCCGCCCACCUCCUCCUCCUCCCCUUCCUCCGGCUGUUCUUGGCAGUGUUCUUCCUCUCCUCUCCCACUUCAUGCGACAGUACUCUGCCACACGUGAGCUGGAGGAACUCGCUCAAACACACGCGCGCACGCACACACGCACGCACGCACACGCACACACGUGAUCAUGAACAUGGAUAAACACACCUACGUACAAACACGCCUAGAGAAGAAGGAAGAAGAGGAGGAAGAGGAAGAGGAAGAAGAGGUGAAGUGCCUGUAUGGUGAUCCCUGUGCUGUGGUGGUGGUGAAGGGUGGUGAUGGUGGUGGUGGCGGUGGUGAUGGUGGUGGUGAUCCGUUUUCUGUGACUACCACCGCCACUGAUGAGACUAAAUUCAUGAAAAAGGGAUGGGGCACCAGGCAUACAGUCGUGACCUUGACCUGUGCUGGGGUUAUUCUACUCUCCAUGACCCGCUACAGCCUCUCCAUUGUAAUAGUCUCCAUGGUAGCACACCCUCACGCCCACACGCCCACGCCCAUCUCUGCCCAUGACCUGGAGGUGACGGGAGAGGGCGCUGCUGCUGUUGGUGGUGGUGGUGGUGGUACGUGCCCCGCCCCUGUGAAUGUGACCACCUCCGAUUUGAGUUGGAAUGAUACUAACCAACGAUUUGAGUGGGACGAGAGGGCACAGGGGCUGAUCUUGGGGGCUUACUACUACGGCAACGUCUUGACAAACAUCUUAGGGGGGCGCAUGGCAGAGAGAACGGGAAGCAAGCCUGUUAUCCUCCUAGGCAUGCUUCUGUCCUCCCUCUUGUCUCUGCUCUCGCCCCUCGCAGCCUCUCUCUCCACAAACUUCUUUAUCGGGGUCCGCCUCUGCCUCGGCUUUGCGCAGGGACUUGUGAUGCCAGCGGUGAGCAGGUGCCUGGUUGUGUGGGUGCCUCCUUACAAGCGAAGCAAAUACAACACCAUUGUUUUUAUAGGUUCCGAGAUCGGCAUAGUCCUCUCUCUCUCCAUCGGCGGCUGGCUGUGUUCCCAGACCUUCCUUGGGGGCUGGCCGGCUGUCUUCUACAUGUUUGGUGGGGCUGGCGUGGUGUGGUGUGUCCUCUGGGGCUUACUUAUCUACGAGACUCCUGACACACACCCGAACAUUGCGUCAGAGGAGAAGAAAUACCUCUUGGCGCAUUGUGUUUUCAGCAAGGAAAAGCUUGGAGUGCCGUGGGUGAAGGUGCUGAGGUGCCUUCCAUUCUGGGCCAUCACCAUCAUGCACAUUGGACACAACUGGGGUUACUACACUUUUGUCAGCGAACUCCCUGUUUACCUUUCAAAUAUGCAGCACUUCAGUAUUAAGAGUAAUGGCCUGCUGUCUGCGCUUCCCUACCUCAUCAAGACAACCUUUGCCCUGCUCUUCAGCCUCCUCAUUGACAGAGCCACAGCCAAGGGGAAACUGUCUGUGCUGUCUGUCAGAAGGAUAGCAAUGUGUGUGGCCUCCUAUCUCCCUGCGGCAGCCCUCAUCGGCAUGUGCUUUGUGGGUUGUGACAGUGUGGCAGCAGUAGUGGUGAUGUCAGCAGCUGUGGGGGUGACUGGAUCUGCCUUCUGUGGCCUCUUCUGCUCCCAUCAAGACAUAGCCCCUCACUUUGCUGGCACCAUCUACGGCGUCACCAACAGCUUGGCCAACAUCACAGGGUUCAUAGCUCCUGGUGUAGUGGGGAUGAUAACCUUUGAAAAUCAAACAGUAACAGCCUGGAACACGGUUUUCCUCAUGUCUACCCUCGUCUACGUGGUCACCUGCACCUUUUACAUCGCCCUCAUCUCGGAUCAGGUGCAGCCCUUCGACUCCCCGACGCAGAGGAAGUGCCUGGAGGAGGAGGAGAAGGGGGGGCACUGACAGCAUGAAGUCCCCCCUAGCCUCGCCUGCUUUUGCGAAGGGUGGGUGGGUAGUGGUGGUGGUGGUGGUAGAUAGCGAAAUAUGAAUGGGUUUUUAUGGGGUUACUUAGGAAAAAUAAAUAAACAAACAAGCAGCAACAGACUUUUUGGCUUUUUAUAAAGGAAGGAUAAUAUAUUAAGAGGGGAAAAAAAAAGCGAGGCAGCAGCAGAUCUUUUGGCCCUAAUACUAAUAGCAACGCGUAUUUUGCGCCAUGCAAAAGAGCAAAAUAUUUAGAGAUUUAGUAAGGGGAAGGCCCAACAGCAGCAGAUCUUUUGUCCCUAGCAACAACAGACUUUUUGGCCCCUUGCAGAAGAAAAAGAAAAUAAUAAUAAAAACUUUUUUGGCUCUUGCGAUGUUGUUUUGGGAUGAAUGGAGGAAGAAUUAAAGAAGGAAGAGGAUAAAUGUAGGUAGUAGAUAGAUUGAAGGAUUGGUAGAUGAAGAGGAGGAGGAGGAGGAGGAGGAGGAAGAAAAUAUAUAAAGCUGGAUAUAUUUGUUGAACAGGAAGAUGUAGAGGAAGGAGGAAGAGGAGGAGCAGGAUGUUGAAAAGGAAUAGAUAUUUUUUUUACUCUAAUCUUUAAAAUUAAAAACUUGUAGGAAAUAGGAAGUAGUGAUAAUAGUAACAAAUUAGUAGUAGUAAAAACUAGUAGUAGUUGUAGUAGUAGUUGUUGUAGU